ACAGCUGAUAAACAAUAAAAACAUGUGAACAGUGAGAGCAGAAAUAAGCCAUGAAGCAGGGUCUUUGGUUCACCUGUGGCUAAAAGCUGCAAGUGAAUCUAACUUCAAAACCCUUAUAUAAGUUAGUCAUUCCAUUUCCAAUUACAAUUUACCACAUAGUUACGAGUUCCUAACAGUUGAAGCACUUGAUUCAAUGUCUUCCAUGCUUAAAAUAUUAGAGUUCUUUAUUUUUAAUCUUCUUCUGAUAUUGACUGCUUUCAAGAUCCAUAAAUUUGUUCUUGAUCGAAGAAUGCACAAACCAGAAUCAACUGUCAAUUGAAAACUAAUGAUUACAUCGCCAAACUGAAACCAUCCAAUAUAAUAUGAAGCAAUCACCUAGAAAAGCUGUUCUUUAAUCUCACUCUAUAAAUAAUGCAGCUUCGGGUUCACAUCUCCACACCUAAAAAUUCUCUGCAAAAUAAGCAAUCAAUUCUAUUUUCAUUCUUCGAUCAUUUCCAAGUCACUCGGUGAUCAUGGGAGUUUUCACUUAUGAAUCUGAGAUUGUUACUACAAUCCCACCAGCCAAGAUGUUUAAGGCUUGUAUCCUUGAUGGUGACAAGCUCAUUCCUAAGAUUGUUCCUCAGGCUUUUAAGAGUGUUGAGUACAUUGAAGGCAAUGGUGAGCCUGGGAGCAUCAAGAAAGUUACUUUUGAAGAAGGAAGCCAAUUCAAUUACGUGAAGCAGAAGGUAGAAGCAUUAGACAAAGAAAAUUUUGUGUGUCGUUACAGCGUGAUCGAAGGCGAUGCUUUGAUGAACAAACUUGAGAAAAUCACUUAUGAGACAAAGUUAAAGCUCUCUGCAGCUGGGGGAUCCGUGUGUAAGACUACUAGUAAGUAUUACACCAUUGAUGACUUUGAGCUCAAGGAAGAGGCAAUCAAGGCAGGCAAAGAAAAGGCUUUGGGAUUGUUCAAAGCUAUAGAAGCCUACCUCCUAGCAAAUCCAGAUGCCUAUUAAAAAUCCCAUUAUUGAAAUAGCAUCCACUUCAAUGAUCAGACAGUGUGGAACAUAUGUGCGCUUUGAGUGAGAGAGAAUUGCCUUUUCUUUUUUACUUUUUUAGUUUUUGCAGUUGUCUGUCAGUCCAUAUGAUAUGGCCUUCAGAUUGCUAAUAAGAGUUCAUAGUUUGUCUGAGAUUACCUGCAAGCUUGAACUGUAAAUGUCAACUGCAUUAAUAAAUUGUUGUGAGAUCAGGCCAUCCAUUGAAAAUGAUGAGUCCAGCAUCUUCAUCUUUCAAGAUUUACUAAUUAUAUAUUGAACAUAACAAAGUCAAGUUUCAGAAGAAAUAUGAAACUUAUUCUGACACAUAUUCCUUGAUGCAACCUGGAAGACAAAUUAUUAUGGAAAUUUAAAUCCACAAAGGCUUCCCCACGUUUUUAAAGAAAAGGGUUUAUGGUAAAAUUUUGGGUAAUUGAUAUGAUGAAUGCCACUACCAUUUUCCAAAAGGAUGCUGACAUAGUGACAUCAGAUAGUAUAGAGAAAUUUUAUUUUAUUUUAUUUUUUUGAUGAAAUGAUAUAACAUUGGGAAAAUUUCAAACUCCAAGAAUAGCCAAACAUGUAGAUAAAGAGAAGUUUCAAAGCAGGGUCGUCUGGCGGUUCACUUAUGGCUCAUGUGCAGAAAACCCAAGUACAAAAAAUAGCCAUAAUUCAUCCAACCAAUGAGAAAUGGUAGUAAUCAAGAUGUUCCGAAUACCCAACAGUGAAGUUCAAGGUUAUAAAAACUUAAUUGGAGGUAAACAGGGAUGUCAAAUCUUCUUUAAAUUCAAUAGGAAUAAGAUUUUUUAUGGUAUUGAGAUGGGAUGGAUAUUAAAUUUUAAGG